AUGUCUCCCUCUCUCCAGAGGAACAGUCGUUAUGACGGCCAGAUCGCUGUGUUUGGCGUCAAGCUGCAGGAGGAGCUGGCUAAACAACGCUACUUCCUGGUUGGGGCUGGCGCUAUUGGCUGUGAGCUGCUCAAGAACUUUGCCAUGAUCGGAUUGGCUGACGGGGAGGGUGAGGUCAUCGUGACAGACAUGGACACUAUUGAGAAGUCCAACCUCAACAGACAGUUCCUCUUCAGGUGAGAGAGGGAGGUAGGGAGGGGUAGACUUAACCCAUGGAGGGUUUAAAUCACGCCCCUGUAGCCUUUCCUCUGGGAUUUCACUGUUUUAGACAUCGAGUGUCUGAAAUGGCACCCUAUUCCCUAGAUAGUGCACCACUUCUCAUCAGGGCACAUAUGGGUCUUCUCAAAAGUAGUGCACUAUCUAGGGAAUAGAACACAGUUUGGGACGCAGGCCUUUGUGUUUUAAUUGAUCUGUCAUUGCCUCUUGUUUGCUUGUAUUUCAUUGUUCUUCUGUAAAGUGUUGCGGGUUUAAAGGAACUAUAUUAAAUAAAGUUGUGUUUGGUUUGUAUUCAGGCCGUGGGACGUGACGAAGAUGAAGAGUGAGACUGCGGCGGCAGCGGUGAAGCAGAUGAACCCGUCCAUCCGGAUCACGGGUCACCAGAACCGCGUCGGGCCCGACACCGAGCGCGUCUACGAUGACGACUUCUUCGAGAGCCUUCACGGAGUCGCCAACGCACUGGACAACGUUGACGCA